AUGAGUGAAGCCGAGUUCCUCACCCCGCGAAUGAGAUUGCUAGCCCUCGGUUCCAAUGCUGUCAUGUUCUUCACAGAAGCUGGCGAUAUCGGCAUGGCAUCUGCUCGCCACGAUCUACAUAGCAGCACUGGCGACAACGCCGAGGAAUCAGAGCAAGACGGCGGUGUCUCUAUUCAACAGAGCGCAGCCAAUACCACGCUGAUUGUGGCCAUUGUGGCUGGUCUUGCUUGUCCUUGUCUACUACGGCGGUUUCCAACAGAAUUCAGCGACACAUAUCAAUUCAUGGGAGCCGCUUAUGUGGAUGAUGUUAUGUACGGAGAAGUUAUUCGUCGUGCAAUCGACGAGCGCGAGUAUCAGUCCAGCGAUCCUUCCGCUGUCUUUGAGCAGAUCUCGCUCGUCUGA